AUGUCUGACAGCAUUGAUGCCAUAGAUGUCCACAGAAAGAAGAACCAGGUGUUUCCCUGUAAGGGACUGGAGUGUGGAAUCCAGGGUGUUCGUGUGCACACUGGAGGAUCGUCACUGCAUUCAGUUUCCUUUUCCCAGAGUAGGCCCAUGGUGGAGUCCCACACCAUUCAGGGAGAGCAAGAGGCCCCUGAAGCCAAGGGGCCUUGGCAGCUGCUGGGUAGUCCCCUCAGACUCUCCCUAUACUUACUGGAACAGCUCCUCCAGGACAACCUGAGGCAAUUCACCUGUCUCCUAAUUCUCCAGGCUCAGCUGUCAGUGAGCUCAUCAGCCAGCUUCCAACUCCUCAGUGUGGAAGAACUGUUGACAUUCAGGGAUGUGGCCAUUGAUUUCUCUGAAGAGGAAUGGGAAUGCCUAGAAUCUGCUCAGAGGACUUUAUACAGAGAUGUGAUGCUAGAGACCUACAGAAACCUGGUCUUCCUGGCCAUGACCUCUCAUCAUACCCAGAAAAUUUCACCAGAGCCUGGCAUAGAAAAUUUAUUUAAAAAAGUGAUACAGAGAAGAUGUGGAAAUUGUGACCUUGACUUUUUACAACAAAAGAAAGUAUGGGACAUUGCAGGUGAGAAUGAAGGUCAGAAAUCAUACUAUAAAGAACAAGACCAAUUAGUAGUGACUGUCCAUAAUGAAAAUUCUACUGUCAACAGAACUCAAGAACAUUUAAUAGCUCAAGAAAGUAUUCAAUUUAUAACUAAAGGCCAAGUUUCUAAAAGUGAUCACUUAGAAAAUUUCAUUGGAAACCAUCCAUUACUCUGCAAUGAACAAAGAAUGUCUUCUUGUGCCCAGACAUACAUCUAUAAGGAUUGUGGAGAGGCCCCUGUUUACUCAUUACUGCUUAAUCUAAAUUCAGAUAUAAAUUUCAGGAAAGUGUGCAACACACAUAAUGAAACAAACAACACCUUUAGUCAGGUCUCUACUGUAAGCAAUUACCAAUGUGCUUCUGUUAAAGAAAACAAUUGUGAAUGUAGCAAAACACAGAAGAACUCUGGCUCUGGUUGCAAUAUGAGAGAACAUCAGCUUGGUCAUUGUGCACAGAACCCUUACAGAGAUGAUGAAUGUGGGAAUGUCUUUCCUCAGUGCUCAAAGCUGAUGAGCCAUCCAAGUACUCAGGGCCAAGAGGCGCCUUGCAAAUGUGAGGAAUGUGAGAGAGCUUCUAACCCAGCUGCUAGCCUUCCUCAAUACAGUGGAGCACAUCCUGGAAGGGAGCCCCCCAAAUUUAAGGAGUGUGUCCAAGCAAGGAGUUGCUCACCCCUUUCUAAACACCACAGGUACCAUAGCAGUGACCAACACUACAAAUUUAAAGAAUGUGGCACAACUUUUAGUCAAGAACCAUCCCCUGGUAAGCACCAUAGAAUUCAUACUGGAGAGAAACCCUACAAAUGUGAAGAAUGUGGCAAAUCCUUUAAAAAUUGUUCAAACUUUUCUAAACACCUCAGAUGCCAUAGCAAUGAGGAAACCUACAAAUGUAAAGAAUGUGGAAAAGUUUUUAAGAAGUUUUCAACUCUCACUCAACACAAAAGAAUUCAUACAGGAGAGAAGCCCCACAAGUGUGAAGAAUGUGGCAAAGUUCUUACUCGAAGAGCAUACCUUACACAACACCAGAGAAUUCACACAGGAGAGAAGCCCUACAAGUGUGAAACAUGUGGCAAAGCUUUUAAUCAAAGAUCACACCUUACUCAACACCAGAGACUUCAUACUGGAAAGCAUCCCUACAAAUGUGAAGAAUGUGGGAAAGGUUUUAAUCAAACCUCAGACCUUACUGAACACCAGAGGAUUCAUACAGGAGAGAAGCCCUACAAAUGUGAAGAAUGUGGGAAAUGUUUUACUCGAAGAGGUUACCUUCCUCAGCACCAGAGAUUUCAUAGUAAAGAGAAGCCCUACAAAUGUGAAAAAUGUGGCAAAGGUUUUAGUCAAAGAGCUUGCCUUACUCAACACCAGAGAAUUCAUACAGGAGAGAAGCCCUACAAAUGUGAAGAAUGUGGGAAAGGUUUUAAUCAAAGCUCAAACCUUACAAAACACCAGAGAAUUCAUACAGGAGAGAAACCCUACAAAUGUGAAGAAUGUGGCAAAGGUUUUACUCGAAGAGCAUGCCUUACUCAACACCAGAGAAUUCAUACCGGAAAGCAUCCCUACAAAUGUGAAGAAUGUGGGAAAGGUUUUAAUCUAACCUCAGACCUUACCCAACACCAGAGAAUUCAUACAGGGGAGAAGCCCUACAAAUGUGAAGAAUGUGGCAAAUGUUUUACUCGAAGAGGUUACCUUCCUCAGCACCAGAGAUUUCAUACUAAAGAGAAGCCCUACAAAUGUGAACAAUGUGGGAAAGGCUUUAAUCAAACCUCAGACCUUACUAAACACCAGAGAAUUCAUACAGGAGAGAAACCCUACAAAUGUGAAGAAUGUGGGAAGUGUUUUACUCAAACACAAAAUCUUACUGAACACCAGAGAA